AUGAAGAACAUAGAAAGGGUCGUGUUUCUGUCCUUAGUGCUGGAUCUAUUCGCAUUCACAAUUCCUCUUCCAUUGUUUCCUCGGAUUAUUGAGUGGUAUACCGUGAGAGAAAGUUCAGAUCCACGCAACUUGCUGCCGCGAACAUUGGGCUUUGUCGCAUGGCUUAGAGGCUUAUUCUACGAGCCACCUAGCAAUCCGCAAAGAUGGGAUGUAGUGUUGUUGGGAGGACUGAUGGGUUCAGUAUUUUCCCUUCUCCAGUUCCUCGUCUCACCGAGGAUUGGCACACUCUCCGAGAAGUAUGGGCGAAGGCGGGUCCUCCUCAUUACGAUGGUCGGGAAUAUACUGUCCGCACUGGUGUGGAUGAAGUCAACCACCUUCGCGUCCUUUAUGUUCUCCAGAAUCAUCGGUGGACUUAGUGAAGGCAAUGUUCAAAUUGCUACAGCAAUCCUUUCCGAUGUAACGGCGCCUGCUCAACGUUCCAAGGCACUCGCUCAGGUCGGCAUCGCGUUUGCAUUAUGUUUCUGCAUCGGUCCUCCCAUCGGGGCAUACUUUGCAUCUCGGCCUUUCCCUGCGUCCUUACACUCCAUGGGAGUAGAAUUGAACAUCUGCGCUGUGCCAGCCGCUGUCACCAUUGUAUUGUUGGUGAUAGAGACCGGGUUUUUACUUCUUUUCCUACCGGAGACCCGUGGUCUGCGCCUCAACACUGCGCGCAAGCCCAUCGCAGACCAAUCUUUCCCAGGCUCAAAGCAGUGUCUUUCCCCACCAGCGCCGGAAACACGGCUAGCUCUGCUCAAGGUAUUGCGCCGUUUCCACUUCCUCUUUCUCAGUGUAUUUGCGGGGAUGGAAUUCACACUUCCAUUCCUCACUUUCGAUUUAUUUGAUUGGAGUAACAGUCAGAAUGGGGCACUCAUUGGGUCGAUUGGCAUAUUAAGUGCACUGCUUCAAGGAGGAUACGUACGCCGAGCAACCACCAAAGUUGGGGAAGGGAGAAUGGCCAGACGAGGGAUCUUCAGUUGCGCAAUCGGCCUUCUCCUUCUGUCUCUAGUGCCCCGUUUUGUCCCUACAUCACCUACUACCGCCAUCAGGUUACUUCAGGCUGCUGCUGCUUGUCUUGCCUUCACGUCAGCAACGGUUGUUAGCUCCCUGACAUCGUACGCAUCUUUGCAAUGUGAUGAAGGUAUUAUCGAAGAAACGGGAGAGCCAGCAGGGCACCCUCAACUCGCCAAGGGCACCGCACUAGGCUUGUUCCGCUCUUCUGGUCAGCUAGGCCGUGCAAUAGGGCCUCUGCUUGCUUGCGCCUCCUACUGGACAUGUGGGCCAUCCGCAACCUACGCCAUUAGCGCGGCGGCCAUGAUCGCACUGUCGCUGUUGAUGGCAUCCUUGCCUGCAAAACCUCGCAUGGAGCUUAGCAGCGUAAGAAAAUCUGGUGUAAAUUUAGGUCGCAAGGAUACGUAG